AGCCGGGGGAAUUGAAAACACCUUUGCAGGUGGUACAGGAGCAUAGGCUCUUCUCAUUCUCCAAUUUUUUGUGCCUCGAUCUCAGUGUCCCAUCUUGAAGGACGUCCCAACUCCUAAAAUACAAUACGCGAGGAGAGGAGUAUCGGGGACGGGAUAUGUUAUCAGCAGCUUUACAUGAACUGUUUCAAAGUGCAUCCUGCAUGUGGUGCUUGUCUUCAGCUGGUGAAUCUGCAUCCAUUCAAAUACUUGGAAUAACUCUAAUAAGGUUGCAGGAAUGACUAAAGAAAAAACUCAGUGGAAGGAGUUUUUAGAGGCAAUAAGCAUUCUGCAAAUGAUACUAACCUUUCUCUUCUUAGGAGUGGCCUGUAUUAUCUUGAUGGUGUACCUUAUGUUUACCUCACUGUGGCCACUCGCCACUUUGUACUUCAUAUGGAUGGUGAUGGACUGGCAAACCCCUGAAAGAGGGGGAAGGGAAAACAGAUUUGUGAGGAAGUGGAGGACAUGGGAGCACCUCAGAGAUUUCUUCCCAAUCAAAUUGGUGAAGACAGCCGAGCUGAAUCCAAACAAGAACUACAUCUUAGGUUGUCACCCGCAUGGUAUCGUUAGUGCUGGAGCCUAUGCCUGCUUCAGCACAGAGAGCUGUGGCUUCACUGAGCUGUUUCCUGGGAUGCGAGCCUCCCUGGCAACACUGGUAGGACUGUUCAGAAUACCACUCUUUAGGGAGUACAUGAUGAGUGCAGGCCUUUGUCCAGUCAGCAAACCAAGCCUCAUUCACCUCCUUUCAAAGGAAGGCAAGGGAAAUGCAGUGGUGAUUGUGAUAGGGGGCGCUGCUGAGUCUCUGGCGUCCUCUCCUGGAGUCAACACACACACAGUGGUCAUGAGGCAAAGAAAGGGAUUUGUCAGGGUGGCCCUUGAGUUUGGGGCUGAUCUGGUGCCUGUUUACUCAUUUGGGGAAAAUGAGCUCUUUCAGCAGGUGAUUUUUUCAGAAGGCAGUCUAGCUCGGAGGUUGCAGGACCUGUUUAAAAACAUUAUGGGAUUCGCCCCGUGUCUAUUUAUUGGCGAGCGCUGGGUACUCCUGCCCUACAAGACUCCGGUCACCACUGUUGUGGGAAGUCCAAUCUCAGUGCCAAGGCGUGUCACACCCACCGAGGAGGAGGUCAACCACUAUCAUGGACUUUACAUGGAGGGCCUGUCUAAGUUAUUCCAUGAACACAAGGUCAGCUGUGGACUUUCUGAAAGUCACCAGCUUCAGAUCAUUUAAACAUUUAAUUUCCAAUUGAACUUGUUUUUAUUUGGCGCUUUUAACGGGGCUCACCGCGAAUGGGAGUGUGGAUUCUGAUGUGAUGAACUUGAUCUUAAAUAAUACAUUUGACCCUGCAGGUUUCUUUGUUCAUACUUUAAGUGCUGACUGUAUUUGAAAAUAUUUAACAUGAUUCAUUAUUAGGAUAUGACAUCCAUUAUGUGGGAAUGUGUGUUCACAAAGCACUGAAAAUGUUGAUGUCUUGGUACGCUAUCUUUGUCAGGAUUUUCACAGCAUAAAUACAAGAUUAGUGCAUUUCUAAUAUCAUUACACAAUAGCUGAAAGUGUGUGAGGAACAUGCGUGAAAUAAUAAAUUGUUGCUUGUGUCAAAA